UUACAUCUGAGAUGUAUAAUUUUUUAUUUUCUAUCUUUGUGUCAGAGAACAGAAAACAUGGACAAAGGGAACCAUGGUAUUUCUCAAUUUGAUCAAUUUCUGUCAAGUCAAGACUCAUCUGUGGUGAACAAGUUCCUGCAGAAAUACUGGAAAACCAAGCAAACUUUAAUCAAAGUCACUGGAAAGAAGGAGGAUGAACAUGUCGUUGCAUCAGACGCGGAUCUGGACGCUAAACUUGAGGUGUUUCAUUCGGUACAAAGAACGUGCAUGGAGCUCCUGAAGGUGAUUGAACAAUAUCAAAGAAGGAUUACAUUUUUAUCACAGGAGGAGAAUGAACUGGGUCGGUUCUUGCGCUCACAAGGCUCUCAGGACAAAAGUCGAGCUGGAAAGAUCAUGCAGGCUACUGGAAAAGCUCUCUGCUUCUCUUCACAGCAAAG